AUGGUCGUACUCUCUGCUUCUGCUUCCCUCGCGCGCUGGCGCUUCGCGGACGCUUCCGCCUCCUGCCUGUGCCAUUUCCUCAUGAACCAUGCCGCCCCGUCCUCGACCUUGUUGUACCACACCUCCGAGUUCUUGGCGCUCUCUUUCCAUUUCCCCCCUUCCUUUUCGUCUCCCAUGUUGAAGGCCACGAGGUCCUCUCCUAGACGAGACACCUAGUCGCUCUCCCGUCCGCCCCGGUAUCCCACACCCCCCGCCAUUGCUCCUAGCAGCAUGCGCUUGGGGAGGCGGUUGCCCUCCAUGCGCAUAACAAAGCCCGCGAAACACAGUCUUCGUUUGCGCACGGUGGCCUCGAUGGUUUCCUCGCAGCCUGCCUGGAUGAGGGCCUGGGCAUAGGACAGGGGGCGGUCUGAGCGUUUCCGCUUGCUCCAGCCGAUGCACCGUGUAAGGAACUGGCGGGGGGUCCCAUUGAGCUUCGUGUAGUGCUCCGCUGUGAGGCUCCACGAGGCGCACCCAUAUAGGAGGGUCUCCACCACUUCAGCCUGGAGUAGCCGGAUCUUGAGCUCGCGGUCGGCCCGUCGCCUGUCAUACAUCGAAGCACUAUUCCGGCGGUAGCACUUCCAUGCUCGGCAGCUGCGGCUCGUGAUCUCCCCGUCGGCCUUCACGUCCGCGGAGAUGGUUCGUCCGAGUAAACCAUAAUCGACUUCGUAAGUCGCGAGGGAAGGGAUUGCUGUACCCUUCUCGCG